CUUUUCCAACCAUACGUUCUGUAGUUCUGUCUAAUACACAUUAUUAUGCUGAUUUAAAACGGAUUAAUAGACUGAGAACAUUGUGUACAUUAAUAUAAGUUGUUCUUCAUGUGUUAGCAUAGACUCAAUUAUUCAUGCCAGUUGAUUGAAUAAAAUCGAUAAUGUGAUGCUUUUCGUGAAAAACAGUUCACUUCACUCCUUUCACGUAAUCAGGCGAAUAGAAUAUUUUGUGUGUGUUAACAUUUGAAUUGAUUGUAACAUCAACUUCGUCAUCAACUAAGAAUGUCCGAAGAUCUAAUCUUAGAUACUAAGGAUGAGUCGAAUGCAAAAGAUAGGAGGGAAAUAUCAGCCGAAUGGAGAGUUCCGAUAAAAGGGAAAUUACAUAAGAUUGAAUUUGAACAUGGAACAGCUAGCGGAAAAAGAGUUUUAUGGAUAAAUGAUAGAGAGAUUUUCCGGAGAGAUUGGAUGUUCAAGCUCGUUGGAGACGAUGUCUUUACGUUGGAUGAUAUGAAAUGUGUUAUAAGAGUGGAUCCUCUGUCAGGUUUCAAGUACAAAUAUUCUUUGUCAGUAGAUGGAAAGCCAUUUGAACAGUUUAAGGAGAAUCAGGCUAAAGCAAUGAAAACAUGGAAAACUGUCGUUGAUGGUAGACCGUACCGCAUCGUUUUGGAAAAAAACACAAUGAACAUUUUUUUGAACGGAAUACUUGUGGAAGAGAAUGGUGAAUUCGUUGAUGAUGGAACGGACACAACCUUUUCUGAGCAUGGAAAUACGUUUGUGUUGAGUAUUCGUACGAGUGGAAAUAAACGCGAGGGCCUUCUACACACUCUAACAGUUAAUGGAAUUUCUGUACCUGAAUUAGUGGACUAAUUUCUUUUGUAGUAAUUUGCCUAAUGUCUUGCAAUAACAAAUGUGUGUACCUAAUCAGUGAACGUAAAUUUAUGUCCGCAAAACCUAAUCAUUUGUUUGAAAAUAAAAAUAAAAUUUAUGAA